CGGAUCUAUGUGACCCGCCUAUCGGGAUCUUCAUCGGCGCUGCACGCCCAUGAACACUGACUGCCGCAACACCAAAGAUCACAGAAACCGGCUCAUACCCGCUGUUAAUACUGACGGAAGUGAAGUUUGAGGGCACAUGUGAUCUGGGUCUGAUGACAUUACUCAAUGUGGUGGCUGCAUUAACAGAGAGGGAAAGAGAGAGAGAUCAGGGAAGAGGAAUUCCCCCCUUCCAGAGUCCUUGUGUGUCUGGAUUACCUUCAGCUGAACGAGCAGACACUAAUGUAAGAUCCAGCCCUACUGAUCUUUAUGAAGGAUCAGGAGAGAUACAGGGGUGGUACAUGGUCAUCUCCCGAAUUAUCUCCCACCCUGACCCCUCACUCCAGUAACCUUCAGCAUCUUCUUGACCUCCCUGAUCCAAACUACCCUGGGCAGAAUCCGCUACCCUAAAAACUUUCCUCUCAACCCCACCAACGGUUACCAUGGCAACAGCUAAGCCGAAAGGGCAGAACUCGCUGGCUCUUCACAAGGUGAUCAUGGUCGGGAGUGGUGGUGUGGGAAAGUCGGCUCUAACUUUGCAGUUCAUGUACGACGAGUUUGUGGAAGACUAUGAGCCCACAAAAGCUGACAGCUACAGGAAGAAGGUGGUUCUGGAUGGAGAGGAAGUUCAGAUAGAUAUUCUGGACACAGCAGGUCAGGAGGAUUAUGCUGCCAUCCGGGAUAACUACUUCCGCAGCGGCGAAGGAUUCCUCUGUGUCUUCUCCAUCACUGAACUAGAAUCUUUUGCAGCGACUGCUGAUUUCAGAGAGCAGAUUCUACGUGUAAAAGAAGACGAGAAUGUCCCCUUCCUGUUGGUGGGGAAUAAGUCCGAUCUUGAGGACAGGAGACAGGUGAGCUCAGAUGAGGCCAAAGUUAGAGCUGAUCAGUGGGGGGUGUGCUACGUGGAGACGUCUGCGAAGACCCGAGCCAACGUAGACAAGGUUUUCUUUGACCUCAUGAGGGAAAUUCGUGCCAGGAAGAUGGAGGACAGUAAGGAGAAGAAUGGCAAGAAAAAGAGGAAAAGUCUGGCCAAACGAAUCCGUGAAAGAUGUUGCAUUUUAUAGCCUCAGUGAUGAUACAAUCUUAGGUUUUACACUUGUAUCUGUAUGUCUUUUUUGCCCUGUCGCAAACUAAUCCUCAUCUGCGAUGUUUCCUGUUGUUUGUAUGUGAGACUGUUGCUAGAAUAAUGGAUUACAGUUGAUUUCUUAGAUUAUGCCAUAUGCUGUAGUGCCCACUUGAUGCUGGAAUCUCCUGUAUGUCUUUUAAAGGAAAUCAUUCAAACAAGAAAAAAAGAACAUUUUAAGAUUUGAUUCUUGUGUCAAAUUUAAAUUGUCAUAUGAGUUCCAAAUGACACUGUAGACUGAUUGGUUGGAUUGAUGGAGGAGUCAGGAGACCAGGAGGUAGGUUCAGUUUAGUACUUUUAAUAAUGUACUUUUCACACGCACACACACGACAAAACCGUCGUUACAAUUAUAUUUCCCUUAGCCGGGCACAGGCUUCCACUGUAUCUGUUGUGCUUCACGCACUCUCUCUCCCCCUCUCUCGACAUUUGGCGUUCCUUAAAUGUCUCUCUCCGUAUCACUAUAACAAGACACAGGUGUUAGAGGUAAUUACAAACCAGGUG